AUGCAGUUGGAGAUAAAGAAGACUCAGACGGCAUCAUUUCCGAAGAGGACGAGAAGGAGGGAAAUAAGGAAAAAAGGGUGCGUCGACUUGGAGUUGAAGCCGCAAAGAAGCAAAAGGUGA